GGGUUUUAGUCUUCACUCACUUCAAACUAAAAGACUUGAAAAUCUGGUUGGCUCCUAUUCUCCUUCCUCCAUUGCCUUUUAUUUCACCAUAGACAAAAGUUAACUGAAAAAUGGCUGGGGUUAGAGAGAUGACGGCGGCAGAGUUUCUGCGAGGUACAACAAGGCAGGCUCUGUUUUUGCAGAGAAAUACUUUCAUCAAGAGAAGUAAUUUGUUAUGGGGCAAGCUGUGUAAUCCAAAGGGUGCUUCUUUGAGGUGCUUUUCUCGUUCAAAGGUUAAAUCAAUGGCUUCUGAGAAUGUCCGUACUAGUUUGGUUGAUGAGCAAUCUGGGUUGAUUGGAAAGCCUGCACAAGAGGUCAUACAUUUCUACCGUGUCCCUUUGAUUCAAGAAAGUGCAAACGAUGAGCUUCUCAAAUCGGUUCAGACCAAAGUUUCCAGUCGGAUUGUUGGGUUGAAAACUGAGCAGUGUUUUAAUAUAGGACUUGUUUCGAAGAUUUCGAAGGAGAAGCUCACUACUCUUAAAUGGAUUCUUGGGGAGACAUACGAGCCCGAGAAUUUAGCAACCGAGAGUUUUCUUGCCAAGAAGAGACAAGAAGGGUUGAAUGCAGUGAUUGUUGAAGUUGGUCCUAGGCUUUCUUUCACAACAGCAUGGUCCUCGAACGCUGUUUCGAUUUUUCAAUCGUGUGGCUUGUUUGAUGAACAAGACUUGCAGUACUAUACCAGGUUGUUCAUGGAAGACAUUAAGCGGAAUCCGACGAAUGUGGAGUUAUUCGAUAUCACCCAAUCUAACAGUGAGCACAGCAGGCAUUGGUUUUUCACAGGGAAGAUUGUUAUUGAUGGACAGCACAUGGACAGGACCCUCAUGCAAAUUGUCAAGAGCACUUUGAAAGCAAAUCCAAGUAAUUCUGUCAUCGGUUUUAAGGAUAAUUCAAGUGCAAUAAAGGGGUUCCUUGCUUAUCGAUUACAGCCAGUUCAGCCUGGAACAGCCUGCCCGCUAAAGGAAACAACUCGGGAAAUCGAUGUCUUGUUUACAGCCGAAACACAUAACUUCCCAUGUGCGGUGGCACCCUACCCUGGCGCAGAGACGGGUGCAGGUGGUCGGAUUAGGGAUAAGCAUGCCACUGGGAGAGGGUUCUUUGUUGUUGCUGCCACAGCUGGUUACACAACUGGGAAUCUUAAUAUAGCGUAUGCCCCCUGGGAGGAUCUAUCUUUCACAUAUCUUUCAAAGUUGGCUUCUCCUUUGGAAAUUCUCAUUGAAGCUAGCAGUGGUGCAUUGGAUUAUGGUAACAAAUUUGGUGAACCGUUGAUUCAGGGUUUUACCAGAACAUUUGGAAUGAGACUCCCUAGUGGUGAACGGCGCGAAUGGUUGAAGCCUAUCAUGUUUAGUGGAGGGAUUGGGCAUAUCGAUCACACUCAUAUAUCGAAAGGGGAUCCUGAGAUUGGAAUGUUAGUUGUAAAGAUUGGUGGGCCUGCAUAUCGAAUUGGAAUGGGUGGAGGAGCUGCUUCCAGUAUGGUUAGUGGUCAGAAUGAUGCAGAACUCGAUUUUAAUGCAGUACAGCGUGGAGAUGCUGAAAUGGCACAAAAAUUGUAUCGUGUAGUUUGCGCCUGCAUCGAGAUGGGGGAGGAUAACCCAAUUAUUAGCAUUCAUGAUCAGGGAGCUGGAGGGAAUUGCAAUGUUGUGAAGGAAAUCAUAUUUCCGAAGGGGGCUGAAAUUGACAUUAGGGCGAUUGUUGUUUGUGACCACACUAUGUCAGUCUUGGAGAUAUGGGGUGCUCAGUAUCAAGAACAGGAUGCAAUAUUGGUGAAGCCUGGGAGCCGCUCUAUUCUGGAAUCAAUAUGUUCUAGGGAAAGACUCUCAAUGGCCAUUAUCGGGAGUAUUAAUGGUGAGGGGCGUGUUGUUCUAGUCGAUAGUUUGGCUAUUGAGAAAAGCCGUGCUAGUGGACUCCCUCCUCUUCCUCCAGCUGUUGAUCUUGAGCUAGAGAAAGUUCUUGGUGACAUGCCUAAAAAAUCCUUUGAAUUCAAACGAGUGGCUUAUGCACAAGAGUCGCUUGAUAUUGCUCCUGGAACCACGGUUAUGGAUUCAUUGAAGAGGGUAUUACGACUUCCGUCCGUAUGUUCCAAACGGUUCCUGACGACAAAGGUCGAUAGAUGCGUUACAGGUCUUGUAGCACAGCAGCAAACUGUUGGUCCCUUGCAGUUACCUCUUGCCGAUGUUGCAGUUAUUGCUCAAAGUUAUGUCAACUUAAGGGGUGCUUGUGCCAUCGGUGAGCAACCUAUCAAGGGGUUGCUUGAUCCAAAAGCGAUGGCUAGACUGGCCGUUGGAGAAGCCCUCACAAAUCUUGUUUGGGCUCAGGUUACUGCUUUGUCUGAUGUUAAAGCAAGCGGAAAUUGGAUGUAUCCUGCCAAGCUCGAGGGGGAAGGAGCAGCCAUGUAUGACGCUGCUAUUGCUCUUUCGAAUGCAAUGAUUGAACUCGGUAUUGCUAUUGAUGGUGGGAAGGACAGUCUUUCAAUGGCUGCCCAUGCAGGUGGUGAGGUUGUCGAGGCUCCUGGAAAUCUUGUAAUUAGCGCCUAUGUCACUUGCCCCGACAUAACAAAAACAGUUACACCAGAUUUGAAGCUAGGAGAUAAUGGUAUUUUGCUUCAUAUUGAUUUGGCAAAGGGAAAGCAGCGUUUGGGUGGAUCCGCUUUGGCUCAGGUUUUUGAUCAAAUUGGGAAUGAUUGCCCCGAUCUUGAUGACGUUUCUUAUCUUAAAAGGGUUUUCGAGGCGGUGCAGGACCCUCUUGGAGAUGAACUGAUCUCUGCAGGUCAUGAUAUCAGCGAUGGCUGGUUACUGGUUUGUGCUUUGGAGAUGGCAUUUUCUGGAAAUUGUGGCAUUGUGUUAGAUUUGGCUUCCCGAGGGAAUAGUGUUUUCCCGUCACUUUUCGCCGAAGAGCUUGGUCUCAUUCUCGAAGUAAGCAAAAACAAUAUGGAGAGCGUAAUGGAGAAGCUCAGCAGUGUUGAUGUUGCUGCCGAGAUAACCGGACAAGUAACUGCCUCACCCAUUAUAGAGCUAAAAGUUGGAGUUACUCGUUUAAAUGAAAAACUUCUCUUCUGAGAUACGUGGGAGGAUACGAGUUUCCAGCUCGAAAAGUUGCAGAGACUUACUUCUUGUGUGGAAUCGGAGAAAGAAGGUUUGAAAUUCCGGCACGAGCCGUCUUGGCCAUUGUCUUUCACUCCAUCCACUACGGAUGAGAAAUACAUGACUGCAACUUCGAAACCGAAAGUAGCCAUCAUCCGUGAGGAAGGGAGCAAUGGAGACCGAGAAAUGUCAGCAGCCUUUUAUGCUGCUGGUUUCGAGCCUUGGGAUUUUGCAAUGCAGGACCUACUUAAAGGAGUUAUUUCUUUGAAUGAAUUCCGUGGAAUUGCAUUUGUUGGAGGUUUUAGUUAUGCCGACGUGCUUGAUUCCGCGAAGGGUUGGGCUGCAUCCAUUCGAUUCAAUCAGCCUCUUCUCAGGCAGUUUCAGGAGUUCUACAAACGCCCCGAUAUGUUCAGUCUCAGAGUUUGCAAUGGAUGUCAGUUGAUGGCUUUGUUAGGAUGGGUCCCGGGGCCGCAAGUUGGUGGUGUUCUUGGUGCUGGUGGGGAUCCAUCACAGCCUAGGUUUAUAAACAAUGAGUUCGGGCGAUUCGAAUGCCGCUUCACAAGCGUGAGCAUAAACAACUCGCCAGCCAUAAUGUUUAAAGGAAUGGAAGGCAGUACAUUAGGUGUAUGGGCUGCCCACGGUGAGGGAAGAGCAUAUUUUCCCGAUGACUCUGUUCUGGAUCGUGUAGUACAUUCAGAUUUAGCUCCAUUGCGAUAUUGCGAUGACGACGGGAAUCCAACAGAGGCUUACCCGUUCAAUCUGAAUGGCUCUCCAUUAGGAGUCGCUGCGAUUUGUUCACCGGAUGGACGACAUCUUGCCAUGAUGCCUCAUCCGGAGCGGUGUUUCCUGAUGUGGCAGUUCCCGUGGUAUCCGAAGGACUGGAACGUGGACAAGAAAGGCCCCAGCCCAUGGUUAAGAAUGUUCCAAAAUGCCAGAGAAUGGUGCUCGUGAUAUUGGCUCAUAAUAUUUGUUCUCAUAGACAUUUAUACUUGAAAACUGUUUCUCAUGCUUGCAACUUAGCCG